CAGCCGCUUUUGGUUUCCGACAUUUCCACGUCGCGAACCACCACCCAUCACGUUACUCGCUAGCCGCACCUCGUCUCCUCGAAAAAUAGCCGGAGUCUGAUCACCCCUGCGCAAUGCCCUCUACUCAGCUUCCCACGUCGGGCAACCCUCUCGUCUUCUUUGACAUCACCCUCGGAGGUGAACCUCUCGGCCGAGUUACUUUCGAACUCUUCAAGGAUGUGGUACCCCGUACCGCAGAAAACUUCCGCCAGUUCUGCACUGGCGAGUCCAAGAAUAAUCGGGGCCAGAGCCAAGGCUACAAGGGAAGCCGGUUUCACAGAGUCAUCAACAACUUCAUGAUUCAGGGUGGGGACUUUCUCAAUGGCGAUGGCACCGGAAGCACCUGCAUCUAUGGCACCAAGUCGUUCGCGGACGAGAACUUCUCUCUCAAGCACACCGAGAAAGGCUUGCUUUCUAUGGCGAAUUCCGGUCCAAAUACCAAUGGAUCCCAAUUCUUCAUCACCACCGUGCCGACUCCCCACCUAGAUGGAAAGCACGUGGUUUUUGGCAAGGUGGUCGAUGGCAUCGAUGUUAUCGAAAAGAUCGAGAAAACUAAGACUGGCCGCCGCGGACGAGACAUCCCCGAUUUAGACGUCGCGAUCGCGCAAUGCGGCGAAAUGUGAAGUGCCGACAGCAGUGGG